AUGGCUGCCGCUGCUCAAAAGGUCGCGGACGCGAUCCCUGCACCGACACCCGAGGCGAAGAAGCUCUCUGGCUUGGGCCUCUACUCCAGAUUCGCCUUCGCUGGUGCCGUCUGCUGCUCAGUGACCCACGGUGGUCUCACUCCCGUCGAUGUCGUCAAGACAAGAAUUCAGCUCGACCCCGCGACAUACAACAGAGGUCUCAUCGGAGGCUUCAGACAAGUGAUCGCGAAAGAGGGCGCCGGUGCUCUUCUGACUGGUGUCGGCCCAACCUUUGCUGGUUACUUCCUCCAGGGCGCGUUCAAGUUUGGAGGAUAUGAGUUCUUCAAGCAGCAAUCCAUCAACUUGAUUGGCUACGAAUCUGCGACCGCCAACCGCACCGCCGUCUACCUCGCCUCAGCUGCUUGCGCCGAAUUCUUCGCCGACAUUGCCCUCUGCCCCCUCGAAGCUACCCGCAUCCGCCUCGUCUCCGAACCCACCUUCGCAUCUGGCUUGGUCUCGGGCAUGAGCAAGAUCGCCUCGCAAGAAGGUCUCGGCGCUUUCUACAGCGGUUUUGGUCCUAUCCUCUUCAAACAGGUUCCAUACACGAUGGCCAAGUUCGUCGUGUACGAGAAGGUUGCUGAAGCAAUCUAUCAGCGCGUGGACAAGAGCAAGACCUCCGAUGGCAUGCAGACUGUCAUCAACUUGGGCUCUGGUCUGAUGGCUGGUUUCGCUGCUGCUAUCAUCUCACAACCUGCUGACACUAUGCUCUCGAAGAUCAACAAGACCAAGGGUCUGCCCGGUGAAGGUACCACCUCGCGUCUGAUCAAGAUCGCCAAGGAACUGGGUCUUCGUGGCUCUUUCAGCGGUCUCGGUGCUCGUCUCUUCAUGGUUGGAACCCUCACUGCUGGUCAAUUCGCCAUCUACGGUGACAUCAAGAAGGCUAUCGGCGCUGUUGGUGGUGUCGAGAUCUCGAAGUAG